UUGACGUCAAUCAUUAGUGUCUGUUUAUGUGUUUGAUUUUUUGGUAAAACCUAAUUGAAAUUUAAGAUGUUUUAAAAAUAAUUUGGUAUAUAAUGGGGAUAGUAACGAGUAAUCACACUAGGCGUAUAAGUUUUGAUAAUACGUUUGCGAUAAAUUCGGCUUUAGCAUUACAAACAACUAUUAAAGGCGAAACCCCUAUCGUUUUCGAAAACUUAGCCACGGAAACCGAAAAUGAAUUAGAAUUUAAAGACAAACACAUCCCCGGGAACAAACAACAAGGAGAUGGAGAUUAUUGGUCUUGGAGAGUGGAGAACCUCAAAAAAGAGCAUCAGCUAAUCAAUCAAAUAAUUGAAACCGAGUAUGAAAAAAAAAUUAAUUCUAUUAACAGUAUUUGCGAACCACCUAAAGUUACUCACGAAAAAUUAUUGAAACUGAAUCCAUGCUUCCAAAUGAGGACAAAGAUGAUUCAAUGCUACACAGAAAAUCCACAUCAACCUUUAAAGUGUUCGGAAGCUGUUCAGGCUUUUAGUAAUUGUGUUGCAUACUCAAGAGCUGAAGAUUAAUUCCAGUAUUGCCUAGUCUAGUUUAAUAUUUUAGUGAAAUCAUUACCGACAAAAAUAUUUCAUGAGCAUAUAUGUUUUGAAAUUUAUUGUAUAAAGUUACAAUUUAAUAUUUGAUCAAUGUAAAUAAAUGUUAACUUUUUUUUAACUAUUCAAUAUCUACGUAACUGUGUGAAAAAGAAAUACGUAUUUUGAAUAA